GGCGUCAGGACUGCUGGGUACCGGAUGUGGUUCCCCGGGCAUAGCGAAGGGUCCGGCGGAGCGUGGUUGCCAUGGUUGCCGCCAUGGAAAGGGAGGCGGAGGCCUAGUCGAGUAGGGAAAACGGGCCGCCCUCUGACCCGAAGGUUACGGGCUCGGGUGUAAAGAGAGUCCAUUCGGGUAGGUAGAGGGGAGGGAGGACUCUUGGAUCCGCGGCCACGGGGGUGUUGAGUCGGUGGGGGCCACGUAGGGAGGAGGAGAGCUGGGAGCCAGGACUCCUGGGUUCAUCAGGGGAGGGAGCGGCUGGACUUGGUCGUCUUUCUGGUCCAAGGCGGCGGGGUCGAUAUAGGGGGUCAGCUGGGGUCUCCUGGGUUCAUCAGGGAAUGGCCAAGCAUAUGGAAGAACAAGCCUUGUUGUUAUUAUUACACGGUAGACCAGGUAACUUCAAGAAUGUGAAACUUAACCGGAUGUGCAUUUCCCCCUUCUUGAACCCUCGCCUUGAUCUCGUGCCCUUUCCUCUUGUGUCAAAUUCACAAUCGUAAGCUUCUCAGCACCGACGCCCAUUGCUAUUCUGUAAAAACACCACGUGUGGUGUUUUGUGUGGGGUGCAUUAAAAAAACCAAAACCAUUGUGCGGAUGUGUUGUCAGUGUUAAUGAGGUUUACAGACUUGCACAGUAAAAGAUUAAAAGGAGCAGGGGAUUUAUUUUCUACAAGAGGUGUUCAAGCAAGCAGUCUCCACUUCCUACCUCCAACACAGUUCAGGAAAAGCAUUAGUACUUGAAUCUGCUGAAUGUGUAUAUUGGCUCUCACGGUGGAUUAGCUGUAAAAAUGUGAAUACCCCAUGCAGAGACUGGGGGGAUUCUUUUGUUCAUCUUAUCCUUGCCUUCACAUCUCUAGCCAUUACGACCACAGUAAAAUGUCCAUUUGUGCUUGUGCUGACUUGUGUGGAUACAUUCUUGUCUUACAGAGGGCCAGACAGAUAUAUUCCUGCAAGAUGACCCAGGCAGAAAUCAAGCUCUCUUCCCUCUUGCUCUCUGAACAUUUUGGUGAGAUCGUAGAAAAGAUUGGGACGCACCUCAUUCGCAUGGGUAGCCAGCCAUUACGGAUGAUAGCUCAUGACACUGGGAUGUCACUUGACCAGGUAUGCGUAGUGGUAGAUGGCACUGAUGCAGAAGAAAGGCUGUUACAUGAAUAAUGGCUUUGCACUAGAGAACCAUAGAGUUUUGGCCUUAAGUCAGGGAGACCCAGGUUCAAAUCCCUGCUUGGCCAUGAAGGUCCCUGCAUGACUUAAGGCCUGUUAACUUCUUCCACCUCAGAGGGGUGUUGUAAGUGGGCAAAGGGGUGCAUUAUAAAUACUGCUGUUCCUGGCAAAGGAUUUCUCUGGAUGAUCCAUAAGGUUCAUUCUGACUCUUUGAAUCCUUUUCACACUGUUUUGCUCAAAAUUGAAUGCUGUGCUCUGGACUGGGGUUGGGUAGGGUCUGCAGAUCUCCAUAUAUACACCGUGCUUUUCUCCCAUCUGCACAGGUUCGGAAGGCACUCUGUGUCCUGAUCCAGCACAACUUGGUGACGUAUGAGCUGCAGAAGCGAGGCCUGGUGGAGUAUGAAGCCCAGUGCAGCCGAGUGCUGCGGAUCCUCCGCUACCCCCGCUAUAUCUACACUGCCAAGACCCUUUAUAGUGACACGGGUGAGCUGAUCGUGGAGGAGCUGCUGCUCAAUGGCAAGAUGUCCAUGAGCGCCACAGUGAAGAAGGUGGCUGACCGGCUGACAGAAACAAUGGAAGGUGAGCUGAAUUUAAGGUGGGGCUCAGCCCUGGAAAAGCACUUUUGGGUGGAGCCUGGAACUAAGGUCUGAGUCAAGGGUUUGUUUCCUUUUCUUCAGAUGGUAAAACAAUGGAGUACAGUGAAGUCUCGAGCACGUUUGUACGCCUGGCAGACACCCACUUUGUUCAGAGAUGCCCAUCAGUCCCUGAAGGUCCAGAGCCUUCUGAUGGCCCACCUCCUCCUGUGCCCACAUUGCAGCUUAACGAAAAGGAUAUGUAUGUGGUUCCAAAACUGAAUCUCAUAGGUGAGGAAACAACUCGGAGGCCCCAUGAUCAUUUCAUUAAUCCUUGUAAAACUGCAUCGUCAUAGAUGAUGUGCAGCAUUGGCUGGCGACUGGUAAGCAAUGUCUCAAAGCUAUUUUCCUAAACAGCAAAGAUGUCUAGGCUCAGCAAAGCUCAUUUCAGGUGGUUUCAGGAGAGAAAGGAAAUGGUGGUCCUGUCUACAGUUGGUUUUAUGCCAUCUUAAUUCAUCCCCUUGCCGCCGCCACCCAAAAAGAAACCCUUGGGAAUUGUAGCUUGUGAUGCUGAAAAGUGUUUGUCCUUGCUUUUCUCUCCUCACACCCUUUCAAACCACAAUUCUUGGGUUCCCAAUGAUAAUGGUUUGAUUGUUAAAUCAUAUGAAAACAUCUGUGGAUUUGCCCUGAGAGAAAUAGAUAGCGUAUCAUGCUUACAAAGCAUGAUCAUUGAUGGAAGAUGAAGGCUGAGCAGCUAUAAAAAGGUGGGCUUUGGCAGACUGCACCCUUAUUGCUACUCAAAGUGCAGACCUUUCUUUUGGCCAUCAGGGAAGGGGAAGAGGAGGCACUCCGACAACGGCCAAGACAAUGGAGAACGCAAAGCGAAACGACAAAAGCAGGAGGCAGACAACAAUGAGGUAAAGAGGCAGCUGAGCUGGGUAGUGCAUCCCUUCAUGAACGGGUACUGGAAAUUUAGCUUUCUCCAUCACCUUGAAAGGAAGAGCAAAUCUCCCAUUGGUUUUAAUCAUAGCAUCAUAGAAUUGUACAGUUGGAAAGGACCACGAGGGUCACCUAGUCCAACCCCUUGCAAUGUAGGAAUCUUUAGCCAAACAUGGGGCUCAAGCCCACGACCCUGAAAUUAAGAGCCUCGUGCUCUACUGACUGUAAUAUCUAAAUGAUGGGUUUGGAGGAGGUGAGCAGUCUUAAUAUAUAUUGUGAGGCAGAACAGGGGGGGUGGACGUGUGGUGCCUUGGCAGUAGUUGGAGGGUAGAUCCUACCCACGUUUAGGGCAUGAUAAGGCUUGAUUUCAUGGCAGGGUGUGCCCCAUGUAAAUUAAGAGUAACACUAACAUCAUUUGAGGUUGUAAUCAACGUAAGUUCAAUUCAGAAUAGACCUAUUGAGAAUAAUGGACCUAAGUUACUCAUGUUCAUUAAUGUAUCUACUCAAAGUAGGACUAUCAUUGGUUGCAACCCUUGGUUUUAUUACCUUUAGCACCGAAAGUGUACUGCAGUUGUCCUGGUUAUUUCAUUUAUUUCUUUAUCUCUCCCCACCCCCACCCCAAGUCUUGUCUUGCUGGUCAUUAUAGCUGUGCAGAUCAGCUCAAUGGCAUGUGGGCUUUGUCUCCUGAAGCCAUAGAGGAAGCAGCCAACAUGAUUUUUCCCUCCCAGUGCAGCGAAAGGAAUCGUGGAUUUACUUGUUUUUAAAGCAAAAUAAAUCAUGCAAAUGAAGUUUCUGCACACUUGCUCUAUUAGCAUAAUAUAUGCAAGUUGCAGGAUUUAGUGUUUGUGGUGACAGAAUUUUGGUUGGAGUAUGCUAGGGGUACAAGUAGCACACCCAGUAGUGCAAUUUGAUACACAGGGUAACACCUGCUUCCCGCUUUCUCCCAAUCAACACUUCUCAGUCUCCAUCAGAUGAUGGAAUCUACUGGCAAGUCAACAUUGACCGUUUCCACCAGCACUUCCGAGAUCAAGCCAUUGUCAGCGCUGUGGCCAACAGAAUGGACCAGGUGUGUUGCUUUCCUUCUUGUGGGGGGUCUAUGUCAUUAGACUAAUAUAUGGUGUAGCCACAUUUGGGAUACUGUGUACAGUUCUGGUUGCCCCACCUCAGAAAGGAUAUUCUAGAGAUAGAAAAGUUUCAGAAACGGGCAGCCAAAAUGAUGAAGGGGAUAGAGUGACCCUUCUAUGAAGAAGGGUUGUAGCAUUGGAGAAUUUCUCGUUUAGAGAACAGGCGAGUAAGAGGAGACCCGAUAGAAGUUUAUAAAAUUAUGCAUGGCAUGGAGAAAGUGGACAGAGAAAAGUUAUACACCCUCUUGCAUAAAACCAGAACUUGUGGGCAUCCAGUGAAGCUGAAUGUUGGAAGUUUCAGGGCAGAUAAAAGAAAACACUUCUUAAUGUGGCACAUAGUUAAAUUGUAGAACAUGGGUCAGCACACUAAGGCCUGCGGGCCAGAUCAGGCCCAAUUGCCUUCUAAAUCCAGCCUGCGGACGGUCCGGGAAUCGCCGCGUGGAUUGCCAUUGCGCAUGCUUUUCCCUCUCCCUCAUACCUGCUUCUCCUUGCCCUGCCUAGAGGAGGAAGGGGGCUGGGCUUUGUUGGUGCCAGCCCCUCUCCGGAGUCGUGUGCCGCUCAUCGUGCCACCAGCCCCUGCCGCUUGCAAGACACAGGAGCCGCGGUUGGCUGAGUGCCCCUCUCGAAUGGCCGCUAUUUAAAGCAGCCCCUCUCUGAAGCCCUUUCAUGUGCCACUCAUCGUCCCUCAUUCAUUCUCCCCCUCCCCCAAUAUAGUCUGGCCCCCCACAAGGUCUGAGGGACAGUGUACCAGCCCCCUGCUGUAGAACUUGCCCACACAGGAGGCAGUUAUGGCCAUUGGAUGGCUUUAAAAGAGGAUUAGAACAAUUCAUGGAGGAAAGGGCUAUCAAUGACAACUAGCCAUGAUGGUUAUUCUCUGCCUCAAUACUCGGAGACAGUAAUACUCCUGAAUACCCAUUGCUGGAAACCACAGUAGGGGAGAGAGCUCUUGUGCUCGGGUCCUGCUUGUGGAUUUUCUGGGUGGCCACCAUGAGAACAGCAUGCUGGACUGGAAGGGCCACUGGGCUCAUCCAGCAGGCUUGUCAUACAGUAAGUCCUUACGUUCUUACUGGAGGCUGUUUCCUCUGCUUUGGCAUUUCCUCCCCUGGCCAGUUUUUAGUUUAUCAAAGAAGAGUUUUAGCUUUUCCCUUUUCCUUGGCAUACUGGUUUUCUACGUGCAGGGAUUUAUUACUUGAUUUUGGUAUGGCAGAGCUUUUUAAUCAUGCAAGCUCCCACCUACAUUUUACAGUCUAUGCACAAAACAAGGACUUCCCUAAGAGUUCUGCCUCUGUCUCCUCCCUUUCCGACAGACCAGCAGUGAAAUUGUGCGGACGAUGCUGCGAAUGAGUGAAGUCACAACCUCUUCCAACGCGCCGUACACCAUGCCCCUGUCUUCCAACGAGGUGAGCAGCUACUUGGGACUUGUUGACAGAUGUGUAUGAAAGCAUGUGUGUAAGGCACGUGUUCAGUGUACGUGUGGAGUGUGUGGGCAUGUGUGCUCUGUGUACUUGUGGGGUGGCCCUGCCUUCCAGCUCUGACCUUGAUCCCUUUUUGCCACACCCACUUUCAUUUGGGUCCCUCCCACCAUUGGUGUGCAGUUCCUGGAAGGAUGGCACCAGAGGCAAGGCAGCCCUUGCCCUAAAGAGGUCACUGACCCCCUGUAAUAAACCCCUCUAAUAGAGUGGCUCAUGCCUGCCAUGACUGGAGGUUCAGUCAGGAUUUCAUUGCUGUCCUUUCCCCAGGUCGGAGUAGCUACUAGAGAGGGGAUGGCUCGUUUUUGCCAGGGGCACAUGGCUUGCCUUGGUAUGUGAUAUUGUUAUUUAUUUAUAUGCCAUCUUUCAGCCAAAAAAAGGCCCCCAGAACAGCUCAUAAAAAAUUACAAAUGCAAAUACAAACAUAUCAGCGCAAAUACAAUACAAAUCGUACUGAAUCUUAACAUCUCAAAAGGAUAUAAUGCAUUCAUUUUCCUGCCAAAAGAGCAACAGAUUAUGCCCCACAAAACAUUAAGAGAGAGCAGGAGAGAGCUUUUGUGAGUUGUUUGGCAUUUCUUUCUUCGUUUUAUGUAAUCGUAGAGCUGGAAGAUGACCUUGGGGAGGUAAUCUAGCCUAACCCUCUGCUCAGUGAUGGGAUCUUCCAGCAACUGCACACCUGGCAGAUGGCUGCCCAGCUUCUGCUUAAAAACAACAACCCAGCAGCACAGAGCCUGUGCCUCCCAAGAAAGGCUGUUCUCUUGCCUAAUAGCUCUUACUGUUAGGAGAUUUUGUCAAAAUCUGCUUCCCUUCAGUUCCUGGCUCUAUUUCUCAUUUUUCCCUUUGAAGUAUCAAAGAGCUAGCCUGCUCCACCAACAACAUGACAGCCCUUCAGAUAUUUCAAGCCUGGUAUCAUGUCUUCAUCCUGUCUCCCCCCCCCCCCUUUUUAAUUUUUUCCAGGCUAAAUAUACUCCACGUUUUCCACUGGUUUUCAUAGGACUUCUAUACUACUUGUUCUGGAAUAAUGGUAUUAUAGAUUAAUGGCUGUAUAUUUAUGCACACUGUUAUAUAGGUUUAGAAAAUAAAGCUGUAAAAAGUAAAUAAAAUGUAUAGAUCAAAUAAAAAGAGACUUUAAAACCAUAACUAUAACUGUGACAGAGUGCAAUGCAGAGGUUCUAUAUCAAUACUAAGAAAUAAUUAUGGAGAGAUGGGUCAGAGUUUACAUCAGAACUUACAUCAGCUUAGGAGCCAUCCGCAACAACAACAAAUCAAUUGGUUAGGGAAGGGGACAGUCUGAAACGUGUCUAGGCCAGGCAAGAGGAGAAUUCUUCAAGGGGAAGGCAAAUAUCCCCUCUAUAGCUAACAUGAGUCAUUUCAGGUUUGUGUAAUACACUUUUGUUGGUUAUGAAGGUUAUAAAUGGAAACCACACUAUUCAUUAAAAUACAUUGUUCUGUAAAGAACCUCUUGUAGGUCAUCCGCUCUCUGGUUAUGUUCAGUAAUAGUUUAAAGUCUGUAAGAAGUCACAGGAUAGCUACAACACUGGACUUCUGAUUUGUUUUUUUAAAGAUAUUCCGGUCGCUUCCGGCUGGUUACAACAUCUCCAAACAGAUUCUCGAUCAGUACCUCACUCUAUUAGCAGAUGAUCCGGUAAGAAAGUCCUCUUCUGGAUUAUUAUUCUCAUUUGGAACAGUGCCUUUGAAAUGGCAUGCUCUUUUUCUUUUCUUUUUUACUUCCUUUUUCUGAUAAUAAAACCUUGUCUGGUUCAAUCCUUUAAUCUCCCCACAGCUGGAGUUUGUUGGCAAGUCGGGGGAGAGUGGCGGAGGAAUGUACGUCAUCAGUAUCCUUUUUGACUUGGCUGUAUCAUGAGGACUGGUUUCGUGUUUGAGGGCAAGCUGUGCUAGUUGUUAGGAGGGUGUGCCUGCACUUCUAUCCUGAACACGUGUACUUGUGUACAUGAAGAGCACAUUCCAGCCCGCCCAUUGUGGGGUGCCAGCUGCUACACGGGCUCAGCUCAGCCAACCUGGGGGAGAUGCAGCAGAAGCCAGAGAUAGCAGCUCACUUACCUAGCAAAUGGAUUGUGGGGCCCAGAGGAAGAGAGAACAGGUAGAGGGGGGGCAGGAGCCAAAGCAGCCCACAGGAGCUCCUUCACAGUGCUGAUCCCAGCUGCGGCACUAGGGCAAAGAGCAACCAAUCCUUGGACCCUGCACAGCCCACCUGUUCUUCACCUCAGCCACCGAAUGCCUUAAAGAGAUGCUUCUCUCACGUCUCUUAAAGAGGGACUGGUGAAUUUUAAGGAACCUGUUACAGCCUAGACCUUGGAGCAGCCAAUGUCCUCUCAAGUGAGGAAAGAACCAAGGGAAAGGUUGGUUCUCUGCUCUUCUCUUCUCCCUACCCCACAUUUUCUCACUCAGUUUAUCCAAAGAGAAAAACUGAGAGAAAAUGGCCAGGGGCAAAACAAGCUGGGCCUGCAUGGUCAGAGGCAGCAGUGCUUCUGAAUAAAAGUUGCUGGAAACGGCAAGAGGAGAGUGUGCUCUUGGGCUCAGGUCCGGCUUGCAGGUUUCCCACAGGCAUCUGGUUGGCCACUGGAUGGAGCAUCACUGUCUCUGGCCAUUUUGGCUUGUAGCCAUUGAUGGCCUUGUUGUCCUCUAUGAAUUUGCCCAUCCAAGUCAGUGGCCAUCAUUGCCUCCUGUGGGAGCCAUAGUUUAACCAUUUGCUGCAUGAAGAUGGACUUUUCCUUUAUCUGUCCUGAAUCUUGCAGGUUAGCAGGUGGCCCUGAUGUGUCUUCGCAUCAUCGGAGAGCCUAGAAGGUGCCUCCCAAGUUAACCACCCAAACUGAAACUCCCGUCAGUCAGUUAGAAGGAGGUGAGGGGCAAACCACUUGUUGCGUACUAAAAUUGAACUCUCUCUGACAUUUUCCCCUAACCUUCCCUCAAACAGACCUUCAUAAGGCCCUGGCGUCUCUGGCCACCGCAACGCUGGAAUCAAUAGUUCAGGAAAGGUAAUGGGGAGCCUGCCUGUUUGGAGAUGCAGGAGUUGAAAACUUGCUUUGAGUCAAGAUAGCAGGCAUGUCAGAGCUCAUUGGCUUAAUGUAUUUGCAGUGUUAUCUUGCAUGCAGGCCUGCCUCAAGCCAGAAAUGUAACAAGAGGCCGGCUCCUUGUGCCUGCUGCAGACAUCUUUAGUCGCAGUGGUAAAAGCAAUGUGCUAUUUCCUCCUGCCAGCAGGGUGCAACCAAAACAUCCCAUUCAUUUGUUUCAUAAGAAUUACGGUAUAUACAGAUUGAUUGUUUUAAAGCAAGCUCGAGGCGGUUUACGAAAAGAAUAAGCUUAUCGGUAAAAGCAGUUUAAAAACAAUGAUUUAAAUUAAUUAAAAAACAUUAAGAUAAAAACAGACUAAAAUGCACAUGACAUUCUGCAUCUCUGGGUAGGCUUGUCUAAACAAAAAUGGGUUUGGCAAACACCAAACAGAGUACAGUGAAAUUGCCUGCCUGAUGUUAAUAGGCAGAGAGUUCCAAAGUGGGUGCUGCCACACUAAAAGAUUGAUUUCUUACAGAUGAGGAAUGGUAUUAUGUGGCACCUAUACUGGUGCUAGUUUCACAGACCAAAGCGGUCAUGUGGGCAUACAUGGGGUACAGCGAUCUCACAGGUAAACUGGUCCUGAGUUGUUGUUUUUUUCCUUUACAUGCAAACAAACCAUAUAAACUUAGUACAUGUUUUUAUAUUGACUUACAAUAAAAAGACUCGUUUCUUAAGAGAAUGUCUCCCUAGGUUUCCUGUGUGUUGAUGGUGGUAUAAAAAUUGUCUUAUCUGAUUUUUAUUUUUGUUCAACGUUUUACAUUAGCUUCUCAGCCAAGCCUGUUUGCCAUACAUUUGUAGACCAUCUGGUUAAUGAUAACUCAAGGACAGUUUUCCAAUGUCAAGCAGCAACUAUAAAAAUGUUGAUAAGCAGAGCACAGAUCAGGCUGUCAAUGACUGACAGCAAUGCUAACCGUGGACUGUACUGAAUUUGUUGACCUUUUAUCUUAAUGGUUUCCUAGUAGAGAAAACAUAGUUUUGAAUAAACUGCUUAUUUCUUUUCUAGUAAAGAAAAUCAUUCUGAGCUCUUUGUAUCUCAGUAAUACCUUGAAGUGCUUAUAGCCAUUGAGUCCCAAUGAUGGAAUAAACUAGGCGCAGUUAGAGCUCUACACGUCUUUCAGCCUUUGACAACUUGGUACCCUCCAGAUGUUUUGGACUCCCUGCAUCCAUCAGUUAGAAGCCAAACUGAGAAGCCUGAUGCUGCGUUGCAUGAUGCAUUCAGAGAGUGCAAAAAACCAGCCUGUUAUGCCAUUUUAUUUCUCUGAUCUAGAUUCGGGUCUCGUUGCGCUCGCAUCUUCCGCCUGCUCCUGAGGAAGAAGCAUCUGGAACAGAAGCAAAUAGAAGACUUUGCAAUGAUCCCUGCCAAGGAAGCAAAGGAAAUGAUGUACAAAAUGCUAUCAACUAACUUUGUAGCCCUGCAGGUAUGCUCCUUUGCCGGGGGGGGGGGGGGGGGGCUGUCCUGAAUAAUCUAGGUCUGAAAAAUAAAUUAUGCAAAACCAAAGUUCCAUGGAAGACCUGAGCUGCUUGGAUGCAAGUCAAGAUGAGCACUGUGAACUAUCCAGGCCCUGAGGAAAUAAGGUGGAAGCAGAAUUCUUUGCAAGAUUGCAACUCCUGUGCAUACCCUUCUCAACUCCCAGUGUGCUAUUUUCAUCAGCGUGAAAACCAGUUCCUGAGGUUCCGUCACACUCUAGCAUCAUCAAGAAACCAGACGUGUCACAGGGCUGCGCUGAUUAAGGGGUGGGGUUCUACAGGUUGGAGCAAAACCAGUUCUCAGUGCUUCCCAUGGAAUUUUAUGGGGACGAAAACUCAGACACAAGCAUUACGAAGAGCAAGGGAGCCGGGAAAGAGGUGUAGUUAGUACACCCACACCUUGGCCCCUUGUCUAUGGCCUCUAUUCCACUGAAAGGCUCCAUAGAUUCCUAUAUAGAAAAGUUGAAAGUAGUGUGCUUGAGCAUCAACAUCAGAGGCAAAGUUGGUGAUGACAUGAGAGAAAGCCUUUGCUGUGGCCGCUCCCAGAUGGCAGGAUUCCCUCCCGAGAGAGGCUAGACUGGCUCCCUCCUUGUUAGCCUACUGCUGGAAGGUUAAAACCUUGUUUAGAUUGGCCUUUGGAAACCAAGGUGCAGGUGAUGCUGACCACUGGGCUGUCUUUGGGCAAACUGCAUUUUAAUGCUAGGCUUAAAUGUGUUUUUCAUGUGUUUUCAUGUGAAACUUGCUUUCAACUGGUUUGUUUUUAUUGCAUUGUAUAUUAUAAAGGUGUUAUAAGGAUGCCGCCUUGAAUCCCAGCUUGGGAGAAAGGCAGGACAUACUGUAAAUGCAUUAAAUAAAUAAGCAGCACAAGAAGAGCCUGCUAGAUUCGACCAGUGGCCCACCUAGUCCUGCAUCCUGUUCUCACAGUGGCCACCCAGUGGCUAAGGGACUGCAUUGCAAAUCAGGAAUCAUUGGUCUCAAAUCCCAUCACUGCCACUGAACAUGCUCUUUCUCAGCUUCACUCCCCCCACCUGCAAUAUAAUAAUAAUAAAUAAUAAUAAUAAAUUUAUUAUUUAUACCCCACCCAUCCGGCUGGGUUUCCCCAGCCACUCUGGGCGGCUCCCAACAGAUGAAAAACAGAAUAAAACAUCAAACAUUAACAACUUCCCUAAACAGGACUCCCUUCAGAUGUCUUCUAAAAGUCAGAUAGUUGUUUAUUUCCUUGACAACUUUUUUAUUUUAAGUUCAUAUGGUUUCAUGUACUGUUCUUGUGAACCACUUUGAUGUUUUAGUUAUGAAUUACAGUCGUACCUCUGCUUACGUAUCCCUCUGCUUACGUAAACUUUGGGAUAUGUAAGCGACAAACCCGGAAGUAUAUUUCUGGGUUUUUGCCGCACGUGCAUGCACAGAAGCGGUCUCUCCGGUUGUGAAAACCUCGGGAUCCGGCCUCCCAAAGGGAUCCCGUCCACAACCGGAGGUACCACUGUAGAGGUAUAUAAAUAAGUCAGCAUUCCAGUUCUCUUUUCAUUAUUAAGCAAACAUAGUGGGUGUUCUCUCAUUCAAAAACAGGAAAUCCCCAAGACCCCCGAUCAUGCCCCUUCCCGCACUUUCUACCUAUAUACAGUGAACAGGCUCUCAUCUGCGCGGAUGCUGCUCCACCGCUGUUACAAGGUGGGUGUCCUGUGGCUUCACUGCCCUUGCUUUCCUUUAAAAAAAAUAUAUUUUAAACAAAUCUGCUGGGAGAAAUUGGAUUGCAAUAGUCCUUUUCUCUUCCUCCUCCCUUCCAGAGCGUGGCCAACCUGAUAGAAAGACGCCUGCAUGAGACCAAGGAGAACCGGUGAGUGAGUUGUCCUGGGGGGAGGAGGGUGGUUAGGGCAAGAAGUUGGAGCCCUCAAGAUCCACCUCCGCAGGGUCACUCUUCCUCCGUUCGUCACAGCUUUGUGGUGCUGUGUGACAGGUUGCAAAUCUCAGAUUUUCAAAGGCCUGUUAAAAGUAGGAAACUCGCAGAGCUGGACCCCCAAUUCUUCUAUGGGAGUUUGUCUCAGUGGGGCUCACCCCAGGAGGACUUCAUGAAUUCUGCCUUGUGAAGGAGUCUUGGUUCUCUGCCUCGGGCCUUGCCACAUCUUUGGCCAGCCUUAAACUGAAGUGGUGUGGUUCUGUCUGACCCGUGGCUUCUGUCCUGUGCCAGGCGUCUGCUGGAAAAAUCCCAGCGAGUGGAGGCCAUCCUCGCCUCAAUACAGGCCUCAGGGGCAGAGGAGGCACAGCUGCAGGAGAUCGAGGAAAUGAUCACAGCCCCCGAACGGCAGCAGCUGGAGAGCCUCAAGCACAACGUCAACAAGUAAGUGAGGAGGAGCAGAUGGUGGGGAUCAGAGAAGGGACUUUGGACGUCAUCAAGUCCAAGCCAUUUGCUCAGUGUAGGAUCUGACUACAGCGUUCUGGACAGGGGGCUGCUCAGCAGAUCCUCCCUGCUCAGAGUGUGCCCCUCAAUACCUGUUGCUGAGGGACACAUGGAAAGGUGGGAAGGGCUGUUGCCUUUAUGCCUUCCUUGUGGGCUUUUCAGAAGCUGCUGAUUGGACACUACAGGAAAGAGGAAAUUUGGAGGGUAAACACACCCUCAGUCAACCCACCCAGACAGGUGGUUCUUGUGCUGCCCAAAUCAGAGUGCAUGACCUCUGUUGUAUUUAAAGGGUCACUUCUGUGGCCAGAAUUGCCUCUAGGACAUCUGGUGGAAUGACUUCCAUAAAUUUUGAGAGAGUGAGCGUGUCUACUUUUUUCUUCUUAAACCACACCACAGGGCUAAUAAUGUGGAUUUAUCAAAUUGCCCUAUCAAAUUGCUUCUUGGGGAAACUUAAAUGUUUUCUCUCACACACCCCUCCCUGUGUGUAUCUGACAUAUAAGAUCAAUAUUGUCACCUGAUUACUUUUCUUAGUAAAAGUGAUACUCAAGUGUCACAGCAGCUAUCAGGGUAAGGAAGCACACCCCACCUUCUCUCUCUUUCUCACACAAAUGAGAAUAGACCACUUCUAAAAUGUCACUUGCCAUCUGCAGUUUUCAAAGUACUUGGGUUUUUUUAAAAAAAAGUUUAGUUGUUAACUGGUUUUAAUCAAGUACCAUGUUUAGUUUAUUAACAUAUUCUUAACUGAGUAAUCAAAACUGACAUAUAAUGUAGCUGGAAUAAUAUAUAUAUAUAUAUAUUCAUAUUUCUCCCCUUUUAACAAAGGAUUGAUGCAAGUGAGAACCAGGUGGAUGAGACCAUAUUCAUUUUGGAAUCCUAUAUCAACAGCACCAUCAAGAGCUGAACACCCCCAGUGACUACAAGGCAACGGAGAGGGGCUGUCUUCCUCCUCCCUAAGGAGCAAUUCUGUCUCCCCAUCACAAGCCUGGCUCAUGGGCACUGAGUGUUGGGUGUGCUUCAACCACUGCUUGUGACUCUAUUUAUGUCAAUUUUUUACAAAAGGAAAUAAAAAGACAGACCUGUUGA